UGUUAUUGGUGCGUUCCUCACACUGUCGUUGCUCUGUACUGGCUGUGUGAUUAUUCUGUUUAAUUACACGUUUGGUUACAAAGCGGGGAUAUCCUGAGUUAAGGAGAACUUUUGGAAUACUCUUAAUCUCAAAUGCAAUAUUGGGAUAGAACUGUGGACAUAUAACUAAAUGUUAAGGAUGACUGGAACCACAACAAGUAACUUCCAAGUUGGUUUGACUUUUAAAGGAUGCUCUGCAGUUUAAGCUUAGCCGUCCUCCUUGUCUGGGCCACAUUAAGCGCACGCACUACUGGUCAACCCUGCCUAUGUUCAGCCCUCAUGCCUGCUGGUCUGGUGGUCAACUGCAGCUCUUUAAACCUUGUGGACCUGCCUCAUCUGCCGUCAGACACCACGGAGCUCAAUGUGCAGGACAACCGGCUCACCUCGGUGUCUCCAGGCCUCUUUGACAGACUGGUUGGCCUGAAAAAGGUCUCACUAUCUGGGAAUCCUUUCCACUGUGACUGUAGGAUCCAAUACCUGAGGAACUGGUUGCUAAAGAACAGGGCUGCUGUCUCCACGGAGCCCACCUGUGCCAGUCCAAGCUCGGUGGCCCAGAGAGCCAUCACUGAACUCAGAGAUGACCACUUUGCCUCCUGUGCCCUGGCCGCUUGCACUGGUGGGACUUAUAACACUGUGAUGGGAGUGAUGCUAUGCUGCAUCAUCGGUCUGCUUCUGUGGGCCUUGAGACUAGCCAAAGCGUCUACUUUCAUUCUGUACAUAUGGGAGAGACAUUCAAGGUUCGAGGCCGACUCUCUGCGCUCAAUGAGGCCCAAACACAGGAGGAGGCUGCACACAGCACAGUCAGAGUUCAGCAUGGAGUCUGUCACAUGUGCUGAGGACCUAGAAAACCCCCUUAUCAACACGAAGCUACCGCCACAAGCACUGGAUGUGUUGCACAAGAAGCACAAUAUAAAGAUAAAGGCUACCUAAGCGACCUACCACACUGGAAUUACAAUAACACUAGUGGCAAAUAAGUUGAGGGCAGUAAUGUUUUUUAUGUAAUAAAGUUAUUUUUAUUCUAAACU